AUGAGUCCUGAGGUGAUUCAAAAAGUAAAGGAGAAGACUGCUAGGCUCCUCAAGGAAAGCUUUAUCAGAAUAGCCAAGUAUGUUGAAUGGAUGUCCAACAUAGUGCCUGUGAUUAAGAAGAAUGGCAAAUUGAGGUUAAAAAAUGAAGAAGAUUUUAGGUGGACAACAGAGUAUCAAGCUGCUUUUGAAGGAAUAAAAGCCUAUUUAGCCAAACCUCCAGUGCUAAUGCAACCAAGAAAGAACAGACCUUUGAAGUUAUACAUCGCUGCAACUGAAGAAUCAUUAGGAGUCUUUUUGGCUCAAGACAAUGAAGAAGAUUUGGUUAAACACAUGUUAUCCAAACUUAUAUUAAGAGGAAGAAUAGGCAAAUGGAUUUUGGCCUUGUCAGAGUUCCAUUUGGAAUAUGUUCCCCAAAAGGCAGUGAAAAGGCAGGUAUUGGCCAAUUUCUUAGCUGAUCAUCCAUGCCAAUCAGAGUAUCAAGAAACAAUGGAACUUGAGUUGAUCAUCCUGGUAGGAAUUGGUGUUGUGAUUAAAUCACCUCAAGGAGUAAAAACCACACAUGAUUUCAGAGUUGAUGAAAUUACUUGUUUCAAUAAUCAAGCAGAAUACGAAGCCUUGAUUAUGGGAAUGAGAUACUCAUUGGUUUACAGGCUCAUGCUGUUGAUAUAUUUUGGAGAUUCUCAAUUUGAAGAUUCUCAAUUAGUAAUUAAUCAAGUAAAAGGGAUCUUUAAAUAUCAAAGUGCAAGCACGUUUCCAUACUAUGUUGCUGCUGUACAUUUGCUUUCCCAUUUCCAAGUGGCAAUAUAA